CGUCAUGUGCCAUGGAGGAACCUCUCUCUGAGUUCGACUUGUCAGCCUUGGCUUUUUAUGCUCGGGAUAAGUCUUUCUGUGAGUUGGGUCAUGGAGUGUGUGUACAGAGAUCACUGCAUAAGCCGAAAACAGAUGUUGAUCCCUGUGAAGUGUGGUGCAGUCAACCAGUUGAUGUGUUAAGAGAAUAUUGCAACAUCAUUAGAAUACGCCUCUUUUGGCCUCUUCUCUUCAAAAAUGAUGUUAAUUCUUUGGUAGCUGAUUGGAGUUCACAGACGAUACAUGAGAAUUGGAAGAGAAUCUGUGAUUUAGAGGUUUUGGAAGACCUUGUUGAUUUAAUUAAAAAAGUUGUUAAUGUUCCCCAUUUUAUCAGUGGCAUACUGAAAAUUGGCAGCAGAACAGCAGAUGGUGUCUUUGAUGCUGGGGAUGCACUUGAAUGGAUCAGAUACACAGGUGAUGUCAGUAUUCUGGAGAGGCUGAAGAAAAUUGGUGGAGAAAUUGGUGAUCAUGUUGUUUGGAUCUAUCUUCAAGUUUUCUUUGUUGAAUGUAAACGUUAUAUUAUUAAAGUCGCAUUGGAAGAUUGUAAUUUAGUUGAAGAAUUUAAAGCUGUGACCUGUGAAAACUGUAGGAAGAACAGUGACUCUAUGAAACAGAAAGGAAAUGAGGAAUUUUCCCGCGGAGACUUUGAUCGUGCUAUAGUUUCAUAUACUAAAGCCAUAGAGUUUUGUCCUGCAAACCAUCUUCUCUAUGGAAACCGAGCUAUUUGUUUAAUUCUAACAAGGCAGUACAAGAGAGCCCUUGUUGAUGGAAAAAGAGCCACUGUUUUGAAGCCUAAUUGGCCAAAGGGUCACUACCACUUCAGUAAGGCACUGUCAUUACUGGGGGAACACCAACUGGCUUUGGAAGCUAAUGAAAGAGCUCAGGAGCUAUGCAAGAAUGUUCUUGGUGGACUUAAGGAUCUUAUUCAACAAAGUGACACGUUAAAGAAGACAUUAGAAGAAAUGAAUGGUGUUAAACAACAGAAACAGAAACCAAAGAAGCCACUUCCUGAGAAAAAAGACUGCAGUUCUUCAGAAUCCCAGUUAACAAUUUCUCAAGAACAAAAAGAUAUAGAAAAAGACAGAAAGACAACACAGUCUGAUCCUAGAGAUCAUCACUGUCAUCAAAAACGUGAUACCAUGGUAAGUUACACUGCAGCUGACAUUGCAAGACUAAAAGUGGCUGACAUCCAAAGAACAGAAAGCAAAGGUUCCUCUCUGGAGCUCCGACCAAGCCAAAGUCAUCAAAACAAAGGAAGGCCAAAACUCAAACCUGGUGACUCUGAAAAGACAAGAGAUCACCUUGACUUCAAGAUAGAGUCUAAAGCCAUGCAAGAGAAACUCUUCUGUAAUGUGCAACAGGUGGAUUUAAUUAUGUUGCCAGAAGAGGUUAAAUCCCUUGUGCGUGACGCUUAUACAGCCUUGAUGGACCAGCGGUGUCACAGUGCUGAACAAGCCUUUUCACAGUUGUUAAGCAUUCUAAAUCCCGCAGAAUUAAAGCCACUGAAUCUUCAUAUUAUUAAUUAUGUUGUAAUUGUCUACGGACAUGCCACUGCUCUCCUUGGAAUUGGACAACCUGAGUCAUUGACAAAGGCUGAAGACGAGUUUAAGAAAAUAAUUGAACAGUACCAGGAAGAAAGAUUUGGUUGUUUGGCAUAUUAUGGAAUUGGAAAAGUAUACCUCAGACAAAACAGAUUUUCAGAUGCACUCGAUCAGUUCAUGAAAUCGCAAACAAUGGUUAAUCGUAAAAUUGUACCUGGAGUAUUAACUUGGCCCACAUCAUCUCAGGUCAUUGAAGAGACACGAACAGAGAAUUUACAGCUGAUGUUAAAGAAUUGUAUUGAGGAAUGCAAGUUCCCUCCAGAACCAGAUGCAAUUUGUCGAUAUCAGCAAUGCCAUGGCCAAUCGAAAAUCCAAAUAUUUUUUACAGACCCAGACUUCAAGGGUUUUAUACGUUUUACUUGCUGUCAACAAUGUAGAGUGGAAUUUCAUAUCGGCUGUUGGAAAAAGCUGAAAACAACAAAGUACAGUGAUAAAAAUGAUAAGGAUUUUCUUCAAGCAUUAUGUUUCACUCCUGAUUGUAUGGGCCUUAUUUCAAAAAUAGUUAUUUUCAGCUCUUCUGGUUUGAUAAAAUGUGAAUUUGAACAAAAAAUCACAAAAACCAGAGAACCACCAAGAGCUGUUAUUAAACAGAAGUGUUCAAGUCCUAGGAAGUUAAAAAUGAAACAAGAAAAAAAAAUACGAAGGAAGUGUGCCCGAGAAGAGGCACAGAAUUCUGCUAAAAAGAAAACAGAAGAAAACCAGAUGGGAGAUGAGCCAUCUCAAUGUAGUCAUCACAGCGGUUAUGUUCAGGAUUUAUAUGCUGGAGAUCGAGUCCUGCAGCAUAUCAGUCGGAAUGCUGAGCGAAUAAAAACAGCUGUUCAUGAUGCUUCCAAACUCUUAAAGGAAUUGCUUUCCUGGUUUGUAAUUAGUGAGGAGGAUUACACGUCGUAUUCCAAAAUGAGUAGCAUGUCACAUGAAGUGAUGGAGCAGCUCAUCAGUUACUUAACUCAGGAGAAAAACAGAGUGAAAACAAGGGGGUUUAUCCAUGUGCUGAGUGAGCUGGAAGAAGUGGAUCCCAAACUACACAAGUGGCUGAAACACCUUAACAACUUAGGUCUGACAGCUACAAAGAACUUUCUUCUUCAAUAUGGACAAUUUUUAAAAGAGCUUGACCUUUCUAUUUUAACCACACACUGGAAUGAGAAAUAUGGUAGUAAAUUUGAGUAUGUGACAACUAGUUCUGAAGACAUUGAUUAUUUCUUAAAACCACCCAUAGAGAAAACACGUUGUUUUAUAUGGCUGCUAGAAGAUAACAGAGACAAUUUUCCAUUUCUUCAUCAAGCUUUAGAUGAAUUCUUUGAUAAAAUGGAUGACCCUACCAUUAUAUUAAAGAAGCCAGGAAAUGAAAAUAUAGAGACUAACAGUAUCAAAGUUAAAAAUAAAAACAGGAAGAAAAAUGCAAAAGACUCAAGGUCUGUUUUAGUAUUAUCCAGUGGAGUUAGUACAGCACCACAAGAAGAAAAGAUGUUUAUAGAAGAAAAUAUGUUAGAUUUUACAAAUUCUUAUGAACCAUUUGCAAUCCCCGAACAUCUUCAGGAGCAACUAGACGAAUUUGAAGCUCUUUAUAACAUUUCAAAUAGUAAUAGUUAUCAAAGACUUUUGGAUAAUAACCCAGAUCAAAUCUGUGAGGGCAUAUAUGGGUAUUUAUCUGAAACUGGAGAUAAUGAUGAAGAAAAUUAUUUAGUCUCUGAUGUGCAAGAAAAAUCUUCCCAGAAUAAGAUACAGUUAAAUCCGUCUGCUAAGGAAUUCAAACCCCUGUCCUACCCUAAGAAUCCCUAUAUAUCAACAUCUACUGACUUAACAGUAGCAACUUAUGAGACUCCACAAUAUUUGCCCUGGUAUUUUCCUGCUUCGUGUGAAUCAGUGCAUCCUUUGUCCAGUCAGAGUAUUGAUACUGUAGACAAAGAGUCGUCGUUUUCAGACACUUUACUAGAGUGCGUUGGUUCUAAAAAUCCUGAUAUAUUUUUGCCUCAGAGUUCCUGGGGUUAUCAAUAUCAGAGAGUGUUGCCAGUGCCUUCUCAAAUGCCUCUCCUGCCAAACGUUGCUGUGCAACCUAGCUAUAGUCAUGCUGAUUGUGCAGCUCCUCGGGGUGAUGGCAAAUCCACCUCGGACAGAAAAUACAUCCCUGACAGUUUUAUAUCAAGUGAAACACAAACUGGUGAAGAUCCUCGCUGCCAGCUGGAGAGCUUGGUUAACACAGCCUGCGAGGACAGUUGUGCUCUUGCCAAUAGUACAAACGAAGCUGAGUGUGGUACACAGGUUAUUAAGACGACGAAAGAAAGCAGAAGUUUCCCUCUAGUGAAGAGCAAUCCCCAUACAAGGAUGAUAGCUGUUCAGGUAAAUCGUGAAGUAGCUGAUAGGGAAACCAACACCUUGCCUUUUCAUCCAUUUGAAAUACAACAAGGAGAUAUUUUACGUAUGGAAAAAGAGCAUCAGGUAUUACAAGAACAGCUUAAGGAAGCAGAGGAAAAGCACGAGCAGUCGCAGAGCCGAAGCUCAGAGGAGAUCAGUGCUUUGCAAGAGCUCCUGAAGAAGAGUGUUGAGGAGACUGAGGUAUCAAAAAAUGAACUGGAUUGGUUUCAUCAAGACUUAAAAAUGCAAGUGCAAAAAUGGCAACAGGAGAAAAAAGAAAAUCAGGGGUACUUAAAAGCACUAAGGAAUACAGCUAAAAAGCAUACAGAUACCAAUGAAAGGUGUUCAAAGACAAUUGAUGAGAAGGAAAAGCAGUAUAACGGAUAUUUAAAUACAUAUCUCGAGACAAGUAAUAAAUUUGCUAAUGAGAAACUAAAAUUGGAAGAGCUUAUAAAAAAGAGUGAAGAUGACUGCCAAGAGUGUGUGAAAAGAGCUGUUACAGCAGAGGUAUCGGUACUCACGAACUGGAAGGAAGCUGAGGUGUGCAAGCUAAAUGGCAUAGCUGCCAAUGCAGAAGCCAACCUCAAGAUAUUAAAGUCAUUCAGCAGCAGCUCAGCUUCUGCAGCACCUAAGUUGAAGUCACAGAUUGAUUCCUGGGAAAUAUUUAUUUCAAAUGUAAAAAAACAACUGGAAAAAGUAGAGGCUGAGUAUGAAGAAAAAAUUGAGAUGGUGAAGAAUGGUGUACGGAACUGCCUCACUAAAACGGAAACAGGGGAUCUUCCUUCUCCUCCAAGUGCCUUGACAAAAGAAGAGAGACCUCCAGUCAGUGAUCCAGCCAUUGUCAUGUAUUCCUCUGCAUCUGCACCUCAUUUCCUCCCUGCAUUCUCAAGUUCUGAAGAUCAAGGUCCAACACAUGCUCCAUGUAAUACACAGGCCAGAGUUGCAGCAGCACGUGCAAGUUCUGGAAGUGGCAUUUCAGUGAAUCCACACCCUAAACCUCUCAAAGGGUCAUAUUCUGAUAAAAUUUCGUCAGCUUGCCCAUCAGGGAUUUCUGGAAGUAAUACUCGGAAUGUCCAGCCAAAGCAGAACCACCAACAUGACUCAGCUAUACAGCCGAGACCACCUGGACUUCCAAAAGUAUUUGAAAAUAUUAUCACCCAUCUACAGAGUAUAUUCCCAAACUACAGCAGUUCGGACUUCACCAGCUUCAUAAAAGAUGUACAAAGAGGAAAUGGGAAUACAUUGGCAGGUUUGAGCUUUAAUGAAAUUCUAAGCAGAGUGACAGAACUGAUUCUGGACCAGCAAAGUAAGGCAUCCCCCCCUGCACCAGCACAGACUGGAACUCGGAGUUGGGAAGUACCUGCAGAAGAUGCACCCAGCCCAUCCAAGGCAAGAAACGCCUCAAGUCAGAAUCUGUCCCAGCCACAUCUCCAACCUUGGGGAAAUGUUAGAGAAGUACCUAAAUCCAGAUGGAAAAAGCUGGACUAUGCAGCCUCCAGUGAUGAUCCUUGCACAAUCUGUCACGAUGAGCUGAGCCGAGACGCGUGUGAACUCGAAUGCGGGCAUCGCUUCCACCGCCAGUGUGUUAGAACAUGGCUUAAGCAGCAUUCAAGUACCUGCCCUAUCUGCCGUGUCCAUGCUCUGCUACCUGAAGACUUCCCUGAGCUUCCCGCACGGAAUAGAUACGCUUAA